CCGGGAGCCGACAUGGCUCACGAGUGGAAUGCUGUUCUAAAAAAUUAUGAUGUUGAAAAAAAUUAUUGGAUAAGCAGAAAAGAAGAAGUCUUUGAGCAUCCUCUUAAGCCAUCAUCUAUUACUGUUCAAGAAGGGAAAAUAAAAAAACGAUUUGGUGGCAGCAACACAAGUAGUGCUUCCUCCUCCUUAGCUGGCACUCCAAAGAAAAAUGUUUCAGAUCCUUUAUCUACCUUUCAUCCAUUAAGUUCUGCCUUGGAUGGCAGUGAUCCCCUUUCCCAAUUUGCUUCUGGAUUAGAUCCGUUAAGUCAGAUGGCAGAGGAGCAUGAGCGAGCCAAAGAAAUAUCAGCUUCCAGAAAAUGUCAUUUAGAUGAUACCUUUGAGCCUUGGUCUGCAAAGAAAGUUGCAAUAUUGAGUAAAUACACUACUUCAGAAAAGUUAUCUAUCACAACUAGUUUCUUAUCUGGAGGAGAAAAAGUGAUUGGGAAAACUUCCAGCUCUGUAAGUGACAAAGUUAAGAAUAGAUUAGAGCAACUGGAUGAUUUUGAAGAAGGAUCUGUGAAAGAAAUGCUCAACUUGUCUCAACAAGAGUAUGUAAAUCGUAUUGAAGAGCUAAAUCAAGCCCUACGAGAGUCUUGGGAGCAGGAUCAGCGGGUCAAAGCUUUAAAAAUAGGAAUUCAGAGUGCCAAGCUUUUAGUUGAUACUGCUGUAAUACAAUUUUAUCCCAGCAAAUUUGUUCUAAUUACAGACAUUCUGGAUAACUUUGGUAAUUUAGUGUAUCAAAGAAUUCAUUCCAAAGCUGAGCAUCAUAAACCAGGAAGCAAAAACCCAACACCUCUACCUGAACGCUUUACACCAGACCAAGUUCCUGAAUCUGCCAAAGAAACUUGUAGAAACUGGUUUUUCAAAAUUGCAUCCAUCAGGGAAUUAAUACCAAGAUUUUACAUGGAGACUGCUAUCCUUAAAUCUUACAGUUUCCUUACUCAGGGUGAAUAUUCCAAAGCCCUAAUUCGCCUCACAAAAAUGAUCAGAGGAAUUGGUGACCCUUUGGUAGCAGCUUAUGCCCGUUGUUAUCUUUGCAGAGUUGGUAUGUCUGUUGCUCCUGAAGCACAUGAGCAUCUCCGAGAAAAUUUUUGGGAUUUUCUUAUGAUGUAUAAUCAGUUACAAAGUAACUUUGUAAAAGAAACCUUAUUGAAGCAAAGUCUAGAUGUACCAACUUAUUUAACUCUCUACCCACCUGCUUUGGAUUGGAUCUUACAGUGUGUUGCAUAUAAAGCAUCUGAGCCCAUUUUGAGCCAAGUUUUACACAAAUGUAAAAUUCAAUGCAAUAGCGCACUUCUUUUAAACUCGGUUAUGGCAGCAUUCAAACCAGAGUUUAUUGCAAAAAGAGCAUUAGAAUUAGUAGACAUCAUGAAAGAAUGUGAUGAUUCUGGAUUUCCAAAGCCACUUUUAUUCCGUCAGUUGGGGCUCUGUUUAAUAGUGGCAGAUCCUCCUGAAAAUGAACGAUUGCAAAUAUUAAAUGAGGUGUGGAAAGUAGUGACAAAAUUAAAAAAUGCUUCUGAUUAUAUGAGUUGUGCUGAAAUUUGGAUUGAAUAUGCUGUUAAACAUUUUUCUAAACGAGAGGUUAACACUUUUCUAGGAGAUAUUAUUCGUCAUAUGCUUCCUGAUCGAUCAUUUGAACAACAUUACCCUCAACUGUCCAGAGUAAUGGACCGCAUUUUAUCGCAUAUGCAUGAUUUCAGCAUUGUCUUUUCAAUGGACAAAUUCCUACCUUUUCUUGAUAUGCUGCAAAAAGAUGCUGUGAAAGUAAAUGUCUGCAAAGUUAUCAUAGAAGCGUUUAUAAGCUAUCAACAAGAGACUACAUGUGAUCCUGUAAUUAUCAAUGCUGCAAUGUUUAUCUGCAAAACAAUUCAUGAUUCUGUAAAUGCUUUGACUUUAGAAGAUGAGAAAAGACAAAUUGGAAUUCUUAUUUGUGGUUUCAUUCGAAAAAUAAGCUUUGGAAGAGAUUUUGAACAACAGUUAGGAUUUUAUGUUGAAGCACGGUCAACUUUUAGUAACCUUGAUUUAGCUCUCAUACAACUAGUCCAGUGUGUUAAUCUCCUAGCUAUGAGAACAAGACAAAUAGUUAAGGGACAUCAUACAAGGAAAACUUCUUCAUUUGUAAAAGCAUGUAUAGCAUAUUCUUUCAUCACAAUACCUUCUUUAAUGGAUGUCUUCAGCCGGCUAGAUUUAUAUUUGAUAUCAGGCCAAGUUGCUUUGCUCAACCAGUGUCUUUCACAAGCUGAUGCCUUUUUGAAAUCUGCAAUCAGUUUGAUUCCCGAAGCUCCACCUACCAUUGAACUUGAUAACAAGCAUAAAUCUACAGAGCCAUUUCUUGUUACAUAUAUCAGUAAUCUACUGUCAACUUUGCUUAUAGUACCAGAUCAUCCUGAACAGGAACCACUAUAUUUAAUCCGUGGUCUCUUGAAUGUCAUUCAAGAUUACACCUGGGAGCAGCAUUCCGAUUCUAAAGUGCUUAUUUAUUUGAAUGUGCUUGAUUUAUUGUCGGCAAUGAGUCAAGAAACAUAUGCAUGGUCUAUUGAGGGAGUUGAUUCAAAUGAUGCUUUAUAUGGUAGUGACCCCAAGUUUAUUUCUGAAAUCAACAAAAUUUGUUCGACAUUAAUAGAUGAGAUCCUUGCUCAUUUAAAGUACUUAGGUGAUAAAAAUAAUUUUAAGAAGCAGUCACAUUUAGCUCUUGAACUCUUUUGCCACAUCAUUGCUCAUGGUGAUUUAUCAAGCAACUCUUUGUUUACUUUGGCCAAUAAUUUGUGGCUGUUAGCUCAUCGUCAUGGACACUGUGAUAAGAAAUAUGCUUUAAAUUGCUUGAAUUGUUUGAAAGUUAAAUCUGCUCACCAUGGUUCUCCGUACCAAGAACUUGCAAAUAAAUUACAGCUGCCUUCACAAGUUUAAAGAAAGCUACUUCAAACAUUUUCAGUUUUUAAUAAUUUUUAUUACUUUAGACUUGGAGAUUUUGGCUUCUUAACCUUUUGGGGAUAAGCUGCUUUUUGUAUUUCAAAUCCCAUUUUCAAUGAGUACUAUUUUUGCAAAAAUAUUACACAUUUUCCUAAGAAAAUGCAAUAAUUCCCUUUGUUUUUUUAUAUAAGCAUUUUGUUGCAAUACAAAUAAAAUGACAAGAACAGAGGCCUAAAUAUUCCUACUAGAUUCCACUUCACCGAAGCCAAAUGCAAAAAUGUGUAAAGUAGUAAAUGUCUCAUUUUAAAGUUAUUAAAUGUUUCCAUUUGAUUGUAAUUUUAAUUACUUCAUUUCAAUCAUUGUUGUUAUUGUUAUACCAUUUUGUACUUAUGUAAAGGUAUUCCAAUUUUUGUUCUGGAGGACAAAUUGAUUUUUGUACAUUGAAAAUGUAAAUGUUUCUAUAACACAAUCUUU